UGCUCAUUAAUGUAGGAAUGAAAAUCCAUAAUGAGAGAGAUAGACACAGACGAUGAGCCUGGGGGCUUUGACUUGGAAGAAAACAGGAACCAAAGGCAAAGCCAAAUUGAUCUGCUUAUGUUUCUUUAAUUCUCUCUCACUCUUUUUUGUCUGAGAAAGGACCCAACAAAACGAGAAAGAAAUCCAAAGACCCAAAAGAAACCAAAAACUAGUACUUCCAAUAGAGGAGAUUGUUAAACUAUAUAGUACAAAUGUUAUUACUCUCUCUUUCUCUUUCUUUUCACUCAGAUUCAAUCAAAUGAUCAAUUGCUGAUUGUGAAGAAACCCACGUAGACCAUGUUGAGAAAUGAUUCUUAGAUUUAAAAAAUGGGGUGUGUUCUUGGAAGAGAGGUAUCCUCUGGCAUAGUUUCAGAGUCUAAAGAGGUCAAGGACCUGCGUGUUGAAUCCAGAAGAAAAUUAGAAAGUGUUCCAGUGAAAAAGACUGAUACUAGUAGUGUUGUUGAGAUUCAAAAUGAGGACACCCAGAAGGAAGAGAAAGCGGAGGAAGAUAGAAAACCUAGGGGGGAGAGGAGGAGGUCAAGGCCAAAUCCUAGGUUGAGUAACCCACCCAAGCAUUUGCGUGGCGAGCAGGUGGCAGCUGGAUGGCCACCCUGGCUAUCAGCAGUGUGUGGGGAGGCGCUCAGUGGAUGGAUUCCACGGCGGGCAGACACAUUUGAGAAGAUAGAUAAGAUUGGAUCAGGAACAUAUAGCAAUGUGUAUAAAGCUAGAGAUGUGUUAACAGGUAAAAUUGUUGCACUGAAGAAGGUCCGGUUUGAUAAUUUGGAACCUGAAAGUGUGAAAUUUAUGGCUAGAGAGAUCCUUAUUCUACGAAGAUUGGAUCAUCUGAAUGUUGUAAAGUUGGAGGGUUUAGUUACAUCCAGGAUGUCAUGUAGUUUGUAUUUGGUAUUUGAGUACAUGGAGCAUGAUUUAGCUGGACUUGCUGCAAGUCCAGGAGUAAAGUUCACAGAGCCACAGGUUAAAUGCUACAUGCACCAACUAUUAUCUGGUCUGGAGCACUGCCAUAACCGUGGUGUGCUUCAUCGUGAUAUCAAAGGAUCAAAUCUUCUUAUUGACAAUGAAGGAAUACUCCGGAUUGCUGAUUUUGGAUUGGCGUCCUUCUUUGAUCCCAAUCACAAGCAUCCAAUGACUAGUCGGGUGGUUACGCUGUGGUAUCGACCUCCUGAGCUUCUCCUUGGGGCUACUGAUUAUGGUGUGGGGGUGGACCUCUGGAGUGCAGGUUGUAUACUAGCUGAAUUGUUGGCUGGAAAGCCCAUUAUGCCAGGUCGUACCGAGGUAGAGCAACUGCACAAGAUAUAUAAGCUAUGUGGGUCACCUUCAGAUGAGUACUGGAAGAAAUCAAAGUUGCCAAAUGCAACUUUAUUUAGACCUCGAGAGCCUUAUAAAAGAUGCAUAAGAGAAACGUUUAGAGAUUUUCCACCAUCUUCACUUCCUCUUAUUGAAACCCUUCUUGCAAUCGAUCCAGCAGAGCGUCAGACAGCCACAGCUGCCCUAAGAAGUGAAUUCUUCACAACAGAACCUUAUGCCUGUGAACCUUCUAGCCUCCCAAAAUAUCCCCCAAGUAAGGAGAUGGAUGCUAAAAGACGAGAUGAUGAAGCUCGAAGACAAAGAGCUGCUGCAAAGGCCCAGGGUGAAAAUGUAAAGAAAACACGGACACGCGAUCGUGCUGUUAGGGCAAUGCCUGCUCCAGAAUCCAAUGCCGAGCUUCAAUCUAAUAUUGAUAGGAGACGACUAAUUACCUAUGCGAAUGCAAAGAGCAAGAGUGAGAAGUUUCCUCCACCUCACCAGGAUGGGACACUUGGCUAUCCUUUAGGAUCAUCUCAACAUUUUGAUCCAGCAGUCAUUCCCCCUGAUAUCCCAUAUAGCUCCACUUCAUUCACUUGUUCAAAGGAGCCAGUACAAACUUGGUCAGGCCCAUUGGUCGACUCUGCUGGUGUUAAUGCUCCAAGGCGAAAGAAGAACGCUGCAGGUGAUAGAACUGGUAAUGCUAGGUUUAAGGGAAAGAGAAGUGUAGCUUAAACUUUCAGUGCAUACAUACUGGCCAAACUGGAAAUCUCCUGUACACUGCAAAAAGAGACACUGGUAUUUCAUACACAUGCUUGGCUUCUUCACGAGUGCAAAAGAUGUUAUUGUUUUACUUAAAAAUGUACCUGGGAAUGAAUUCAUUUUCUAUACUUCUGUGUCCAUUUUUAUUAUAGAAAAUUUUCAGUUCUUUCUAUUGGGACGGCGAGAAAAUUGAUGUGUAUAUUUUGAUGAUUCUUUUCUUUAAAGUUUAUUGUGUUGAGAACCAACCAACUACUUCAUAAAUUAGUGGAAAAAAGAAAUCUCCAUUCUUA